AUGGAAGAUUGUCAUCCUCUCUUGAGAGGAGGUAGAAGAAAGGAAAACAGUUAUAGCCAUGGAUUAUCAACCACUCAGAUGCAUGUUUUGGCUUCCAUUUGUGACACCCUGUUUCCUUCUAUCCUAUUGAAGAAUGAAAAUCAAACACUCUCGUCCUUUUACACAACUUCUGGCUCUCAAUUCCCAUUUCCUGAUGAGGGUGCAGAGCUAUUGAUGUUGUUCAAGAGGAGUAUACCAGAAGCAUUGCCUUUGGUGAAGUGGAUUCUACGGAUUCUGUCAUUCAGAUUAGGGACACUGUUGUUCUGUGGAACUUAUUGCUUGCAAUGGAAGUGGCCUUUUGUUCUUAAAUUCUCUGAGAUUUCAGUGGAAAAGAGACAACAGAUUCUGAAGAAUUGGUCUAAUGAGAAACGUUGGUGGAUGCCUCUGAGGGAUGUGUUUGUGUUGUUGAAACUUACUUUCUUCUAUACUUUGUUCUCAAGGACGGAUGAAAAUGGACAUAAUUCAAUGUGGAAGGCAAUAGGGUACAAGGUGGACACCAGGGAAAAGGUGAAACUGAAGAAAAGGCCUCUCCAAGAAGGACUAAUAGAGACUACGCACGAAACCGAUUCUACAUUAAUCCAAUCUCUGAAUGAAAAAGGCCUUGAAGUCACUGAAGAUGAAGGGCAGAACAUGUACAAGAUCAAAUGUGAUGUUGUCAUUGUUGGUUCUGGUUGCGGUGGAGGAGUUGCGGCUGCAAUUCUUGCAAAAUCAGGUCAUAAAGUGAUCGUCCUAGAAAAAGGAGAAUAUUUUGUUUCUCAAGAUUAUUCUUCCUUGGAAAAUUCAUCGAUGAGCGAGCUAUACGAAUCAAGUGGCAUCAUGCCAACAGUUGACGGUAAAACGAUGAUCUUGGCUGGCUCAACUGUAGGUGGAGGUUCAGCUAUAAACUGGGCUGCAUGUGUAAGGACCCCGGAUUCUGUCAUGAAGGAAUGGUCUGAAAAAUAUAAAUUACCACUUUUUACUAGCUCCGAUUAUCGAUCUGCUAUGGAUUCAGUAUGCAGAAGGAUCGGUGUCACAGAUAAAUGCAACCAGGAAAGCUUUCAAAAUCAAGUUCUUCGAAAAGGGUGUGAGAGUAUUGGUUUAAAAGUUGAGUCAGUUUCUGUGAAUGCUUCAGAAGAUCAUUAUUGCGGUUCGUGCUGUUACGGUUGUAGAACCGGAGAUAAAAAGGGAACCGACUCUACUUGGUUGGUUGAUGCUGUAGAAAACGGCGCAGUUAUCCUCACUGGAUGUAAAGCUGAGAAAUUUAUUCUGGAAGAUGGAAAAAAUGGAACAAAGAGAAAGAAUUGCUCAGGAGUGAUUGCUUCUGCAAGUUGGAAGAGUAAGAUAACAAAAAAACUCCAAAUAGAAUCCAAAGUAACUAUUUCAUCAUGUGGAUCACUACUUACACCUCCUCUAAUGAUUUCUAGCGGACUACGAAAUCCGAACAUCGGAAGCAAUCUUCAUCUCCACCCUGUUCAGUUUGUCUGGGGCUAUUUCCCUGAAGACAUGACAAACUUGAGUGGUAAUAACUAUGAAGGGGGAAUCAUAACUUCUAUACACAAAGUACUUGCUGAGGACUCCACACCGAAAAUCAUCAUAGAAGCACCUGCUAUAGGACCUGGAGUAUUUUCAGCAUUGGUUCCAUGGGUGUCGGGACUCGAUCUGAAAGAUAGAAUGGCGAAGUAUGCAAGAACUGCUAACCUUUUUGCAUUGGUUAGAGACAAAGGAUCAGGAAAAGUAAAAGGCGAAGGAAGAGUUUCUUAUAGACUUGAUCAAAUGGACAAGGAAAAUCUUAAAAUUGGAAUGAGGAAGUGUUUAAGGAUUUUGGUAGCGGCAGGAGCUGUAGAAGUUGGAACUCAUAGGAGUGAUGGACAAAGAAUCAAAUGUAGAGGGAUCAAAGAAGAAGAUUUUGAGGAGUUUCUGGACUCUGUCGCGGUUGUCGGGGGUCCGCGGUCGAGAGGUGAGUUUUGGACAAUGUUUAGUUCUGCACAUCAAAUGGGAAGUUGUAGAAUGGGUGGUAAUGAAAAAGAGGGUGCAGUUGAUGAGAAUGGAGAAUGCUGGGAAGCAAAAGGGUUGUAUGUGUGUGAUGGAAGUGUUUUACCUAGUGCUGUUGGUGUUAACCCUAUGAUAACCAUUCAAUCUACAGCGUAUUGUAUUGCUAGUAAAAUUGCAGAAUCACUUAAGAAAAAUUAG